GCUCCGGCAAAAUGGCGGCCCCCUUGGAGCUCAGUUGCUGGGGAGGAGGCUGGGGGCUCCCAUCGGUGCACAGCGAGUCUCUGGUGGUAAUGGCUUAUGCCAAGUUUUCUGGUGCACCCUUGAAAGUCAGUGUCAUAGAUAACACCUGGAGAGGUUCAACAGGAGAUUUACCGUUGUUGACAACUGAAGACAAUAUUGUUUCCCAGCCAGCAAAAAUACUAAACUUUUUAAGAAAACAGAAAUAUAAUGCUGAUUAUGAACUCUCAGCAAAACAAGGGGCAGAUACCCUAGCUUACAUUGCUCUCCUUGAAGAGAAGCUUCUUCCUGCAGUGCUUCACACAUUCUGGGUUGAGAGUGACAAUUACUUCUCUAUAACAAAGCCAUGGUUUGCUUCACGAAUUCCUUUUCCCUUGAGUUUGAUCCUGCCUGGAAGAAUGUCUAGAGAAGCAUUGAACAGGAUUCUCCUGACCAGAGGAGAGCCCCCUCUCUACCACCUCCGAGAAGUGGAAGCACAGAUAUACAGAGAUGCCAAGGAGUGCCUAAAUCUUCUGUCACACAGAUUGGGAACAUCUCAGUUUUUCUUUGGAGAUACGCCUUCUACUUUGGAUGCGUAUGUGUUUGGUUUUCUUGCACCUGUUUACAAAGUGCACUUUCCUAAAGUCCAGUUACAGGGACAUUUGAAACAGCUCGCCAACCUGUGUCGAUUCUGUGAUAACAUCUUAAGCAGUUACUUUAGGCUUAAUCUUGCAGGCAUUUCUCCAGCUGGACAAGAUACAGUAGAUGCAAAUCUGCAGAAACUCACACAGCUUGUAAAUAAGGAAUCCAACUUGAUUGAAAAGAUGGAUGACAAUCUUCGCCAAAGCCCUCAACUUCCUCCUCGGAAAUUGCCAACCCUCAAAUUGACUCCAGCAGAGGAAGAGAGUAAUUCCUUACAACGGCUAUCACCCUGACAGUCAUCAUGCUUUCUGCCUGAGCUUUUGCCUUCAAGUCAUAUUGAUUGCUGCAGUAAUCUCUUACACUAAGUGUGUUAAGUCAACAGGAAAACACCAUGAAUAGGUAUAAGGAAGACUUGGAAACAAAAGGAACUUUCUGUGGUAUUUUUUUUCUUUUUAAUUAGGAAACUUGUAUUCUAGCUUGACAGUGCACUUCAAAUAACAUGAAAGUAAACACUAAAUGAACUCAGAAAAAAAAUACAUUGUACUGUAUAUUAAGACAACAAUAACAAACAAACAAACAAAAAACUCUGCCUAAACUUGGCAGGUUUUUGCCUUUGGUUCCCAUGUUGCUGACCAAAAGCUAUAAUUCUAUUCUGAAUGUACACUCUUAAUUUAUUUAAUUUAUUAAUUUAGUUUUCUUAGAGCAGUCUAAAUAUCUAACAUGUGGCUCUUUGGCUGAUACUUCUUUCUUCUAUUUGGAAAUCUAAUACCUAUUUCGAAAACUAGGAAAAACAUAAAUUACUUCAAUAGAAACGCCUGUAUUUAACUUUAAAAAGCAAUGAGGAAUGUGCUUUUUAGUUGUGCUCUCAUAAGUCUCAUCUUUUUGGGGUUUAGUAACAUAUACAAAUAUUAAGGGUGGUUACAUUUAAUGUUCACCUGACUAUAUAUACUUCAGUAUAACAUAAGUAUUUGCUGACUUGUUCAUUGUAGGUUAGCAAGGACUAUUUUAGUCUAUUGGGCUAAUGCGCCAGCUUUUCAGACCUGUGUAUUUGUAGUGCUUCUUGAAGUUUAGUCAUCUUUUUCUUGGAUUGAUUCUGGGAGUGUGUUGGUCAUUGUUAUUAUGCUAGGCUAUAAAGUCUUAUUGAAAUUUGCCCAUCUGCUAGACAGUAUUCAAGAGAAACCCAUGGCCAGAAUAAUUGAAGUACCUACUGUGAGUUGGGUUCUGGUUCACCACCAUGCUUGGCUGUGACCAGUAUUAUUUUCCAAGAAGCAUUUUAUGCAGUCAAAAGCAUUUUGACAAUCAGUUAUUUUCCAUAUAUUUUAACUACAGUUGAUGGAUCCAGAGGAAUAAUCAGAACAUAGCAGUAGGUUUUUAAGAACACUUUCUAUUUAUUGGUUGCUGAAAUGUUUAAAGAAUUUGCCAUGUUGGUAAUUUCAUUUAUAUCAGAAACUUGCUUAUUUUAGUGCUUAUGUAUAUUAUUCUCUUGUCCCAAAACCAUGUGUGGGUUUUUUUAAAAAUAUAGAACUGUGUUUUUGAUUAGUGUCUUAGAAGAUUACUAUGGUGCUUAGCAAAUCUUAUCAAGUCUUGCAGAAACCCACAUGUUCAGAAAACAAUCUUCUAGUCAAAAGUCUCAUCUAAUUGAGCUGAGUGGAGCUCAGCUCUGUUUGACCUUCAUUCUCCCAUUUUGUUCUGUGUUUGGAUAGCUCUUUAUAAAGGAGUCUUUAAGUCGUAAAUAUUUUUUCUUUAAUGUUUUAACCAAAUGAGAAAUGAGGUAGUCUUCAAAUCUUGUUUAAUCUCUUCGGAUGCUUUUGGGGAAAAUACAUAAUCAGUUUCACAUGAAUUCUGCAACAGGAAUGAGUGUGUGUGUGUGUGUGUGUGUUAAUCUUCAAAGGUAGGUUUUUAGAGUCCAGCAAUCUGAAAUUUGUAAGAAUAUUUUAUAUUGAAAAUCAUGACUAUGGGACUUUAAUGUCCUCUAGGAUUGACGUGUACUGGAGAAGGAUGGUUAGUAUGUUACUCAGACAUCUGAUUAUGCUUUAGUCAGGGUUAGUCAUUUUCAGUUCUGAUUUAUAUUUGGCCUUCCAAAAAGCAUUUGAAGUGGCUUAUGAUUGUAAAACACAUGUAAAACAGAAUAAUUAACAUUUGUUUAUGGAAAAAAAAAAUAGAAGAAAGAGAUAACACCAAAACUAACAGAUUCUAAAAUUGAAUAGUAAAUUUAACUUCAAGCUUCCCAUGAAUAAGGUCAAAAGGUAAUAUCCAUGAAUAAGAAAAAUGUGCUUAAUUUUUAUAAGAAUGUGGGAGAGCAUGUUAGUAAAAUGUGUAGACUUCAACCAAGAAGUAUACUAUAAUAUUUCAUGUGUUGAAAUUUUUAAUCAAAAGAGGUCUAAAUUUUAGAAUAACAAGUAUUUACUCUUUUUAGCAGAGGGGACAAAUAUGAUUUAUUUGCUUUUUGGUCACGCCUGCUUUAAAUUGCCUUUAGCCUUACCAUAUAUGGUCCAUGAUGCUUCUAAAUUACUUUUUGUGAGAUACAAAAUAUAAUUGAGAUAGGUGAGGAUUAUUAUACUGGGUUACUUAGUUGAAUUAUUUUGGUAGGAAACAGAUGAGAUUUUAGGAGGCUGUAACUGAGCCCCAGACACUUUAAGGACCAGCCACACAUAUAGGAAGCUAUUGGAAAGGAACAAAUUUUCAAACUGGUCAGAGGGCUUGUCAUCAGCCUCUGAGGAUACGUUUGGAUAAAGUUUGAGUUUGUUGAGAUAAUUGGUUCACAGUCUGAAACAAAAUACUGUAAACUGCUUACUUUGGAGGUAAUGGUGGAGAAUAGUAAGAUAAAAGACAAUAUGUUUGUGUAUAUAUUUGUGGAUAGUAUGGGAUUAGAAAAGUCGAUCACAUAAUUCCCAUAAAAGGAGGAUCCUCCAUCGACAAACUAUCACCAGUCAUCCAUAAGUCUGGCUACAUGAAUAAUGCUAAAAAAGGAUGGUCAUUCCUUCAAAACUGUUUAUCCACCACAGAAGGUUGGCAUUAACAAACAAAUCAAAUUUCAAUUUAGGCAUGCUUAUAUUAAGUUUUGGGUACUAGAGGAUUGGAGACUAUAUUAAAUCCAAAAGCAAGCCUUUGAUUUCCAUUUGUAAUUUCUAUUCAUUUAACAUUAUUAGAUGUAUUCAAAUGAAGGAAUGGGGGAACUUAUUUCAAACAGAACUAAGUUAGGAUUUUCAGAAGUUUGCAAAAGUAGCAAAAACUAAACAUCAAAAGAGACAGAAAUUGGUAACAGUGAUCGUAUGUUAAAAAACAAAAACUGGUUUGUUGAGGUAACUUCAUGUGAUAAAAGUGAUAUUUGAAUUUUGUUGCAUGUUUUCCUAGAGCCUCCUCUAAAAAUAUGCAUUUACCAGGCCUAUUAAGUUUUUCAGCAGUUUUGCAUGAACUAAAAAUUUUUAAUUCUUUUAAAAAUUAAAUAUAAAUGCUUAUAAAGUCAGGAAGCUGAGUGAUGAAUACAUGGGAUCUCUGUACUAUAUUUGCAACUUGCGCAUCUACAAUUAUUUCAGAACAAUUUUUAAGUAAAUUAGUAAAAGUUUAUAAUUAUCUACAUAAAUUAUGAUUUAAGAUGUAAUGUUCCAAAACAGUAUUUUUAAUCUACAAUAUAAAUUAAAUAUAAUUUAUUUAUUUUAUUCUUGAGUUUAAAGAAAAUAACAAUUCAAGUUUAUAACAAAUGCUUAUCUCAAGAUUCUCUUUUGCCCUACCUAAAGCUAAGAACUCUUUUUCCCUAUGGGAUGUCAAAAAUUCUGUGAUUUCAUGUUUCUAAUUACAUUUUUUAUCCCUUUGGUACCUGGGUUUACUUUUUUUUUUUUUUUAAGAGUGGAGGAAAAUCGUAAAUUUGCCUACAACUAAACUAUUUAUAUAGAGUACAAAGUUAGAUUAUGUUAAAGUUAGUGCUGACAUAAUCAGUCAACUCCAUGAACCCCUGGUUUGCACCCACAGUUUCUUCUUGAUGCCAAUUUUGUAUAUAUCUUUGGCAUGAAUUAAGGUUAGCUGCCUUUGAUUAUCUAAGAUGACUGGGCUUUCUUUUGAGACUUUGAAAAGAGUUCUUCUGUCUCCUUGUGAUAGUGCUUCUUUGCCUUGUAUUUGUUCUCUCUCUAGAUAUACAGUGUGACAAGAUAUUCAUGAGGACCAGGCUUUCAUGAAGAAGGUGGGCAUGUCUGUGUGCUUUUUGUUUUAAGCUCAUAGGGAUUUAGUAAUUGACUGUCUUAGUAUGGUUAGUUUUAUAAUGGAAAUCCUGAGUAGAACUUCGUAAUCAUAGGAAAGUAUGUAUUUGCUUUUGCAAAUAAGCAUUUUUCGCUUGUGCGUAGCAAGGAAGAGGAGGAAAAUCUAACAGCCAAUGAGUAUGCCAUGGAUUGUGAUGAGAAGUAAAAUUCUUGGACAGUGAUGUAGGAAAUUUGAAAGGAUAACUUCCAAACGGAUAUUUGUGAGUAGGGAGGGGAAUGUUGUGAUAGAAUAAUAAAGCAAAAGAAAUCAGUUUCUUUAAAGAAAAUAAACAGGAAAACAAGUCUUUUUGUGUCUUCACUAUUAUUAAUCUGAAAUUAUACCAUAGGAUUUUUUACAGCAUUAUUUAAUUCCUUAGAGAAGCAAUUCCUAAAUAUAUGCUUUGGCAGAAUAAAUUGAUUUUUGGCCACAUUGGUUUGGGAAAUACUGGGUUAGCCACAGUUAAUUUACUGUAGGCUUUCAGAACUUUGCUAUGCUAGUGGUUUAACUCUCCUAGAAGGGCUUCUAUUUUAUACACCAUUUCGCCAAUUUAUUUUGUGUGUGUGUUUUUUUUAAAGUGGGCAUUUGUGGGAUUUGUUUUCUAAGAACUACACUUAGGGAAAUGCUGCCUUGGAAUGAUUUUGUUUGCACUCAUUGCAGAGGUUUCCAGUUAUUCUGGUACUCCUCUAGUGAAUGGUGAUAAAAUGACAAGAGACCUGUCAAUAUUCCCUUGGACCAUGGAGCUGGGAGAGGGGGUACUGCAAGCUUAGAUGGGUUAGUUACUUAGGCACCUGUCAGGUUUCUGGUCAGUCCAACCUCUUUCCCUAGAACCCCAGUCAGCCUGGAACAGCUGGAUGGUGGGCCGAACUAGUGGUUUCAGAGGACGAACCAGUUCUCAGACAUCUAUGAGACAGAUAUGAAGCCAACUUGAAGUUCCAGAACAUUUUCCAAACCUUUUCUGGUUGUGCUUUAAAAGUACCAAAAAGGCAAUAAAUAUUUAUUGCUCUAAAGUCACAAUCUGGUUAUGAUACAUAUUCUUGUAAUAAAUAUACCUUUGUUUCAAUAACAAAGCACGGGAAGUUUAAUAUUUUCAAGUUUCAUUGUAUUACUGAAGACAUGGCCUAAACCAGAAUCGUAAGUAUAUGUGUGUGCAUUUUCAAGGAACAGAGUUAGUCGUUUUCGUUAACUCUUUGGUGGUAUCCAUAUCUUAAAAAAUAAAGACCUUCACAUUUGAGAGCUAAGUAAAUAUGUUUAAUGUCAUUUUAAAGUAUAAAUCAGAUCACUAAUCAGGCAUAAGGAUAUUUUUUCCUUGUUUUUUGCAAUGUGUAGAGUUGUGUAUUUGGAACGCAAUGAUUUGGACAUGUAUUUAAUGGAAAGCUUGCCUUUGGGUUUUGAGUUGUGGUGUAAUGGCAAGCAUCUAGUCAUGUGAAAAGCAGUUGGAUCUUUGUUCUGAUUCUUCGGUUUUCUUUUAUAAAUUCAGAGAAAUGCCUUUUAAUCAUUUGGUUUACAUAUCCUUGGAAAUCAGGCAUAGUGACUUGCCAGAGUUUGCCUCAGUCCUUAGCAAGCCAUAAACUGUAAAGAAGGUUGUACUGGCCAUCUGUUCUUUGGACCAUUGGCUGUUUCUCCUACAAUCCUGGCGUCUUUAUCUCUUGGAGAGGAGGGGUGUACUCAAGCUUUUAAAUUAAAUGCAGAUAGAUGAACUUUAUUUCUAUUUUGACUCAAUUUUUUAUCUUGUAGAUUAGGAAAUAAUAUCUUUCAAUUUUUCUAUUCAUUCUGAAGUGGAAAUUUGAUGUGUUUGUAAUAUAACUUUAGCUUCCUGAAAGAUUGAUAGUGAAGAGGACAAAAAAGCAAUAUAUUUAUAUACAUUCUGCUUUUGUUCCACCUAGCCUAUCUUUGAAUGGUAAAUAUUUUUAACCUCUGUCCUAUACUAUACUGAAAUACCAUAAUUUCAUUAUAAAGUAAGCAAUCUUAAAAUAAGCAAUGUUGGUCACACUUUCAAUAUUCCAACCUUACCUGGUGUGAAUGUAUUUUACUUGGGGACUAUGUAUAAGUAUCCAUCAGUAGUGAUGAUGAUCAGUGUUGUAAAGAAUUUAUUCUGAUAAAUGAGAAACUGGAUAUAAUGUCAAAAUAGCUAUUUUUUCUCAAUAAAAUAUCAAAUUUCCUGAAUGUUUA